GUGAGAAAGCUGAGGAGAAGUUCAAGACAUUGAAAAAUGAAGGGAAUGAUUUUGUAAAAAAGGGUAAAUAUGAAGAAGCUGUAAAUAAAUACAGCGAAUGCAUGAAGCUAAACACCGAGGAAUGUACGAUCUACACUAACAGAGCUCUCUGUUACUUGAAACUGUAUAAAUAUGAAGAGGCUAAGCAGGAUUGUGAUCAUGUUCUUCAGAUAGAAGAUUCUAAUAUUAAAGCUUUUUAUAGAAGAGCACUAGCAUACAAAGGAUUACAGAAUUAUCAAGCCAGUGUUGAUGAUUUCAACAGAGUGCUUCUAAUAGAUCCAGAUGUUCUUGAAGCAAAAAAGGAACUAGAGGAGGUAACCCAGCUGCUUAACCUCGACAGCAGUGCGGUAGCUGGCAGUCAACAAAAGCAAAGGAAGAAAAUAACCAUACAAGAGGUGACUGAAUCUGAUGAACAGGAAGAAAGACAGUUUGCUACAGCAGAAGAUGUUGUGACUGAUCAUGUUACUUCCAAGGAAGCAGUUGAAAAGAAUGUGCCACUGAAGACCUCUGAGAAACUGCGUAUUUCUGAACCAUCCAAUGCUUACGACUUUGGUCAGAUUAUAAAUGCAGUGAAUGCCAAUAAGGAUAAAGCUGCUUGUGCAGAUCUUCUAACAGUUACUGAUCCAAAAAAAUUGCCAGUGCUGCUAAGUAACAAACUUGAAGGAGAAAUCUUUUUGAUUUUUAUCCAAUCACUGGAAUAUUAUGUAGUUGGAAAAGAUCCAGGCCUUGUAUAUCAGCACCUAUUCUACUUGAGCAAAGCAGAAAGGUUUAAGGUGGUGCUGGCCCUUCUUAGCAAAAAUGAAAAAGAACAGGUUCAGCAACUCUUUGACUUACUUUCAGAAAACCAGAAUCAUCAGUACUCUUUGGAAGACCUUGAGAGCCUUAAAAAGGUUUAUGAACUUUAA